AUGGGGCACACGAAAGCUACAGCGGGGAAGGACAAGCUCGGCGCUGACAGCAUCGCGCGACGCACGCGCAAGAGCCGGCAGGCACCCCGCGAGGACCAUGCUGCGCCAGUCAACGCAGAUGAAAAAAAUGAUGCGGCAAACGGUGACGAAGAAGACCCAGAAAACCAAAGUGGCAGCGACCAGGAGGGCGACACAAAUGAUAGUGACGACAAUGCUGCCGGUGAGAUGGGUGUCGAGGAAGUGGGGGAGGGGCCCAGUGAAGUGAAGGAGGCGGUUGGUGAAGUGGAGCAAAAUGAGGAAGACGUAGAUGAAGCUGGUGAUGCGCACAACGCUGAAGCUGUUGAUGAUGAGGACAGUGCCUCGGACAGUGACUCAGCCCAAUAUUCAGCCCAGGGUUCAGCUUGCUCGAGGGGAUCUCGUGUUGAUUUGAAUCAAGUGGUUGUGGUGGAUCCAACUUCGUGGCACGCAGAUUGGGCAGCAUGGCAGAAGUAUUUUGACGAUUACUGCGAAUAG